GGAUUUGGGAGUUGUGCUUCAGACGCUCUGUUUCCCUGUCUGGAAGAGAGUUAAGGGCUUCAAGCAGAUUGAGUGUAUUUGUAGGUCAGACUGGGAAGUAAAGAGUAAUGGCUGCUUUCAGCUGCUUAAAGACAUAAUUGCUCAAUUACUGUGAGAAGGAAGCGGGGAGCAGAGUAUCCUGAACAGUGUACUGCUGGGUAGCAAGUUGGGCUUUUUCCUAUGUUGGAUGUUGCCAUUCAAAGGAGUCUCAUCAUGAUCGAUAGCUCCAAGAAGCAGCAACAGGGCUUUCCAGAGAUUUUACCUACUGGAGCUAUUGAGACAUUGAAAGAAAAGGAAUGUCUUGAGGUGAACAGCCAGAAAAGUCUCAAGGAAGUACUUCAGCUUAGGCUGCAGCAAAGACGGACAAGAGAACAGCUGGUGGACCAGGGCAUCAUGCCACCUUUGAAAAGCCCAGCUGCAUUCCAUGAGCAGAGAAAGAGCUUGGAACGAGCCAGGACUGAAAAUUUUCUGAAGCACAAGAUUCGCAGCAGACCAGAUCGAUCAGAAUUGGUCAGAAUGCAUAUUCUGGAAGAGACAUUUGCAGAACCCUCACUGCAGGCAACUCAGAUGAAACUGAAGAGAGCUCGGCUGGCAGAUGAUCUGAAUGAGAAGAUUGCUCAGAGGCCUGGCCCUAUGGAACUGGUGGAAAAGAACAUCCUUCCUGUAGACUCCAGUGUUAAAGAAGCAAUUAUAGCAGUUGGACAAGAGAGUUAUCCCCAAGCUUUGGAUGAUUACUCAUUUGAUGAAGACAGCAGUGACGCUUUAUCUCCAGAUCAGCCUGCUAGCCAGGAAUCCCAGGGUUCAGCAGCGUCUCCUGGUGAGCCAAAAACAAGUGACUCGCCAUCAUCAGUCACACCGAACACUACUUCUACCACACAGCAGUAUCUCUCAUUAACCUCUGCAGUCCCUGAAUUCCUAAAGCCUGCCCCCACCACUGAGCAGCACACUACACACUCUACAACUACUACUACCACUCUGACCACAAAUACUCUAUCUGCAGCAAAGCCUGGGCCAACUCUGGUAAAGCAAAGUCACCCGAAGAACCCAACUGACAAGCAUCGGAGCAAGAAAUGUAAAGAACCUAAGCCUAGGGUGAAGAAGUUGAAGUAUCAUCAAUAUAUCCCACCUGAUCAGAAAGGUGAGAAGAACGAGCCACAGAUGGACUCCAAUUACGCUCGUUUACUACAGCAACAGCAGCUUUUUUUGCAGCUGCAGAUCCUGAGCCAACAGCAACAACACUACAACUACCAGACCAUUCUACCUGCACCGCUCAAACCUCUCAGUGACAAACAAAAUAACAACGGGAAUAUACCACUGACCACUUUGAGCAACAGCACACCUACGCCAGUAGCCUGCACACCAAGACAGAACAGUAAUAUUCCCAGCAGAAAACCAGGACCUCUUCCUUCAAGCUUGGAUGACCUGAAGGUAGCUGAACUGAAGAUGGAAUUGAAAUUAAGGGGAUUGCCAGUGUCUGGAACUAAAACAGAUCUUAUUGAGCGUUUAAAACCCUACCAAGAUCUUAAUAAUAAUAAUGGUGUCAAUACUAAUAAAGUGGUUGCAAUAACCACUUCUACUGGUGUCAUCAGUAACACGGGGGAGGUAACUGUGGCAUUCCCUGUUACAACAUUAAAUAAAUCAGUGGGGAGCUUCCCUUCAGAAACAUCGUCUGCUGGAACUGGCUUCAAAUUAGCACAUACUGAAAGCAUUAGCUCCCCUUUGCCCAUUUCACCAUCUCCUUCAGAACAAUCAAGUCUGAGCACAGAUGACACAAACAUGACAGAUACUUUCACAGAAAUGAUGAGCAUGAUGUCACCAUCCCAGUACUUAAGCACUUCACCUCUAAGAGUGACUGUGAAUGAAGACAGUCUGAGUCAUGCCAGUGGAAGCAUUUCAAGCAUGGAGCUUGAUGCAGCAGAAAAGGACCGCAAGCUUCAAGAAAAAGAGAAGCAGAUUGAAGAGCUCAAAAGGAAGCUGGAACAAGAACAGAAACUUGUGGAAGUACUGAAAAUGCAACUGGAGGUUGAAAAACGGGGUCAGCAGCAGCAGCAAUCCCAGACUCCUGUUAACUCCAUAACUACGCUGGAUCAGAAACAAUUAAAUGCUGCUAUCAAAAAUGAAAAUGCUCUCACUGAUUGCUCUAGUCCAAGGCAACCAGUAUCUGUAACCAGCCAUUCUUUAGGACAGCCAGUGUCUACUGGUGGCCAGAACCUAGUUGCUAAAAAGGCUGUUGUUAUCAAACAGGAGAUACCUUUGGCCAAAGCUGAACCACAGAAUGUAAUCUCUCAAUUCUAUGUGAGUUCACAGAGGCAGCCACAAACUGCAGUUGUUGCCCAGCCUCAAGCUUUACUAACUACCCACGGAACAACACAAUUGCUACUCCCACUGUCUAUCCAAGGACCGAAUUCAGCCACUUCAGUGCAGCUACCAGUGGGCAAUAUACAGCUACAGGCUCAGUCACAAGCAGGAAUUCAGGCUUCAUCACAAGUAUCUGUGCCUGUUUCAUCUUCUGGUCUAGUUCAGACAGCACCACAGAUUCAUGGUCCACCAUCAAAACAAAAUACCGUCACCCAGUAUGUGCUCAGUCAGGCCCAACAAAUCAGAAAGGUUUUCCCAUCUAGUACAUCAAAUACAGUAUUUCCCUAUCAAAAUCCACCUGUUACAACACUACAGCAGCCUUUUAUCAAUAAGGCAUUAAACACUAGCCUUGAUGCUGGGAAGAACCAGGUUCCCUCAGUGCAAAAUGGACCCAGUAAGCCUGACUCACCACCUGAGUCCCAGCCAUAUAUCAUACAACACUCUCUAUUCAACAAUCCAGUAGCCAAGACAAAAGACCCUCCACGUUAUGAAGAGGCCAUAAAACAGACCCGCAACAUGCAGGCAUGUCAGCGAGAGAUUUCAAAUGCACACAGUCAGCAGAUGGAUGAUCUCUUUGAUAUCCUCAUUAAGAGUGGAGAGAUUUCCCUCCCUAUAAAAGAGGAACCAUCUCCCAUUUCCAAAAUGAGACCAGUUACAGCCAAUAUCACCACAAUGCCAGUGAACACAGUGGUAUCUCGCCCACCACCACAAGUCCAAAUGGCACCGCCUAUGUCUUUAGAACCAACAAACAGUUUGUCUCUAAGUUUGGAGAACCAACUUGAAGCUCUCUUGGAUGGAACUUUACCUUCAGGUAAUGAAAUUCCUCAACUAACAAGCAGUCGCGAGGACAGAGAAUCAUUUUCUCUGAUUGAAGAUCUUCAGAAUGAUCUGCUUAAUCACUCCAGCAUGCUUGAUCAUGCUCAUUCACCCAUGGAAACAGCUGACCAACAAUUCACUGCUAAUAGUUCCUGUUUAUCUCUUGACCUUCCUGACACAAAUUUAGACAAUAUGGAGUGGUUAGACAUUACCAUGCCCAAUUCCUCAUCGGGGCUUACUCCUCUGAGCUCUACUGCCCCAAGUAUGUUUUCCACUGACUUUCUAGAUCCACAAGACCUACAGCUGCACUGGGAUUAAGCUAUAGAGGUGCAGCAGAUGCAAAUUUGACUUUAUCUGUUUACAGUAUAUGUCCUUUAUGACACAAUUCUGGUUGCAAUUAAGGUAAAUUACCACAGAAUGAUUGGGAAGGAGAAAUGCUUGAUGCUAAUUCUGCAUUUAUGUUGAAGUAUACAAGCAAGUUUCUUUACCCUUCUAUCAAUAAUGCAGAUCAGAGCCAUCUGGGAAUUAUACUUCACAGGUCAAGAGAGAAUGUUUGUAGUUAUUGAUGAAAAGUACCACCCAGAAGAAAGCAGGAAAAAAAAGUGUAUAUAGGAAAUAGCAUUGAGAUAUCUUCAUAAUGC